UGUCAAACUAUGUCGUCAAAAACAAAUUAUGCUUAUUAUAAAAAAUGAGUCCAAAUAAAAUUAAUAAAUAAAGGCGAAAUUUGACUUAAAAUUUACAUUUUAAUUAAAGUGAACAACUGAUUAGAUCGUAAUUAAGCUACGUACAGUUAAAAUCAUCAAGCAGCUAGUGUUUAAAGUUAGUGUCAAUUUAGUUAUUCUCAUUCUUCUUUACUUUAAAUAUUGUAGAUUUAAAAUGACGGCCCCUGUGUCCCCCUGCGAUUGGCAGACUACCAGGAAGCUGGUAAAGGAGAGAAGUCAAUACUUGCUGGAGACAGGAAUGUGGAGCGACUGCAGGUUUAUAGUUGGGGCAGAGCCAAAUCAGCAAGUUCUGGAAGGGCACAAGUUGUUCCUGGCUAUGUCGAGCCCUGUGUUCGAGGCGAUGUUUUUUGGAGGAAUGGCUGAGAAAGAUCCUAUUGCGAUAUUGGAUGUUCAACCUGAUGCAUUUAAAGCCCUUUUAGAGUAUAUAUACACUGACAAGAUCAAUCUCACAUCAUUUGACCAAGCAUGUGAAUUGUGUUAUGGAGCAAAGAAAUAUAUGCUUCCUCAUUUGGUUGAAGAAUGCACAAAAUACUUAUGGUCUGAUUUGUAUCCCAAAAAUGCAUGUAGAGCAUAUGAGUUUGCUAAGCUCUUCGAGGAACCAAUGUUGAUGGAAAAAUGCAUAAGGAUAAUAUGCAAUCAAACCCAAGAAGUACUUCAAGACAGUAGUUUCGAUGAGGUCCAGUUAACCACUAUACUAACAGUAUUCGAUCAAGACGAUCUACACAUUUUCUCCGAAUUGGACCUUUUCUUUGCAAUCACCCGCUAUGCUGCUAGACAUACUCAAACUUCAGGUGCGAAAGUACCCAGACUAGAUGGUAUAGUAGCAAAUGCAACCAGUGAAGCCAACAGCAGCCACCCAACCAUCAGAGACGCCAUAAUGAAAAUUCGGUUUUUGACCCUCUCUCCACAGCAAUUUGCUGAAGGCCCAGGGAAGUCAAAUUUGCUAACAGAAUCAGAAAAAUUCGCCAUUUUGAUGAACAUCUGCAGCCCUAGCUCUGCGGUUUCUAUGCCUGAUGGUUUUUCCACUUGUUUGGUGCAGAGAAAGAAGAGGAACUCUGAGGUGUACCCUCUGGCUGGUGCAUCAACUAUGGACACUUCACGUACAUCUAUGAUCAAUCUUAAUUCAAUUUCCGAAAUGGGAGGCACGGAAUUUUACAAGAAAUUGUAUUGCAGUAGACAAGUAAUGCAUAUAGCGGAGUGUAUGAACAGCAGCGGACUGGAUUGUAACGUAACGUUUAGCUGUGACAAAAACAUAUGUUUGCUAGGAAUACAGGUACCGGCCCAGAUCCCAACGGACGAAGACAGAUCGCCCGCUGCCCAUUCUUAUCCGGAAAUAUUGUACGCUCACUUAUUGGACGCAGACGGAAGUCGUUUGACGUACACUCACUUGACGAGCCGAGUUAAAUACAGGUCAUUGAUUGAAAUAGUUUUCAAUCGACCGGUUUAUAUUCAAAAAAAUAAGGUGUACAAGAUCGGCGUGGUUUUGAACAAACCCGGUUGUUAUCCAGUGGCGUCCUAUCCAGACCAGUCAGCGGCGCACGGCGUCGUGUUUACGUUCGCCCAAAACCAGUCAGGAGAAUCGUUACGCGACGGCCUGGUCAGAUCUAUAGUAUUUUCUAUCUCGCCAGGCUUUGGAGGCAGUUUCAAAGCUCCAAUAUGAUGUUAUAAGAAUUCUUUGUUUUAAUUUGAUAGAUACACAACAGGCAACAUUUAAGUUUAUUUAACUUUACAUACUAAUAGUCAAAAUACGAGAGUAAUGUGAAAAAUUAGGGGCAGACGGGGACCUAAACGCAGAGAGUGCUCAUGGCUGAUGAACAUCGUAGUCUGGGUAUACUUAUCAAUAAAUAAUAUAUCGAAGAAAAUAAAAAAGUAUAGAAUUUUGCUCAUUUCGAUAAAAAGAAAACCGAAACCGGGAAAAAGAAAAGAAACAAAAUGUAAACACUGCAAAUUUGCAUGUUUUGAUGAAGAUUUAGUUCUUUAACGUUACAUAUACCAUGGUCAGAUAGAAAGUUCUUGGUGUAUUAGUGGAAAAAUCGGUUUUCUAAUUUAAACAAAUGCAUUACUCGCACAUUAUGGUGACGCAGUGAGGAUACAGUCUGUGUGUACACUGUUGCCAACGUUUACAACGAUAGCCAAGAAUUUUGAUUAACUGGAAGUCACAUUUAUUAAUUUACUGAAAAAGUGGACUAUAAAAAGUGUGCCAAUUAAAAAAGAACACUCAUUCGACGUUUAGCAACGCCCUCUAUCUUGAAAUAUUUACGUUAUCAUCGUAUGUGUUACUCCGUAUUACUUAAGUAAUUCUACUUAUAAGAUUUAAAAGUUCCUUAAUCUUUUAUGUAUUUCUUUAUGACUUUUAGUAAAGAUUUAAGUCAAAAUUUGACAGUUUAGUUCAGUUGCCAGAGAUUUCACCCCCCAAAUAGCAUACUAACCAGCUGAAUUUUGCUGAGGAUGUCAAUAGGGAACUUGCAUAAAAUUUUAAAUUCGAAAAACAAUUUGAAAUAUAUAUCAAAGAAAAAAAGUUAAUUAAAUUGAAUGAAAAGCAAUUUAUGUUUUAUUUCGAUUCAAAAAAAGUUGUUUUUGUCUUUCGUUUGGCCCCUAAAAACGAUUAAAAUCGAGAGAAAACUAUUAAGCAGACGACAGACAUUAAAUACUUACAUUAAAAUUAUUUUCAAGCACGUGAAGACCUUGAGAAUGAAUAAAAAGGUCUUUAAUGUCCUUUCAACAUACAUGUAACAACUUUAUUAAACGCCGUUUGUUAUUGACUGGUAAGCUAAUAAAUAUUUUAUUGGGUGUUUUAAUGGUUGUACUUUAACAGAAACAAACACACACAAUUCAAUACUAUCUCUUCAAAAACUGUAUUAAACUCCAAAGUAAACAAAAUAGUAUUUAAUUUUAUAUGAGACGGGAGAAAUGUCAUUACAAAAUAUUAUGAUAUGGCGUUACAAGGGUUCGCGCGCUUUUUCGAUCGUUUGAAAUGAUUUAACUACACAGUAGAUUUUAAAUUUGUUCUUCUGAGUUAUUAUGAGGUUUUGAGGAGUGAAAUUUUAGAAAUCUUAUUUUUAAAAGAAACUGAACAUUAUUAUGUAAUAAAACAAAAAUGUGCAAGUUCCCUAUUUUGCAAUCCCACAAAAAGGUGCAAAACAGUUUGUCGCUCCUACCCCCCGGGUUCUUCCCCCCUAAAUUUUACUUCUACCGGGGGAUGGUACGUCGAUUUACCAAGAAUAUGUUCGACCUAGAAAAAAAUGUAUCAAACAAGAAAUGUAGCUGAGAUAAUUUUGACUAAAAAUGUUUUUGUGUAGGUUUAUCCGGUCUCUCAUCUUUCUACAGCGUAUAGAUUCUUGGUAUAACGAUGUUUUCCAUUUCCCCCGUACGAGGGGGGCUUUAGGGGAAAUCCCGGGGGUAGGAAUGGCAAACUUUUUUGUAUUUCUUUGGUGUAAAUUUCAAAUCUCUGACGACUAGACUAAAAGAUUGAUGUCGAACUGUCUAAUUUUGACAGUUAACUACUUAUAUCAAUUAAAUAUUUUCUUCCAGUGACUACACGUAAUAUUUUUUCCAGUAACUAGUUGAUUAUUAGAUUAUUACUUAAAAUAAAGAUUCCGGGAUACUGAAAAGGUCAUUUAUACAUUUUUCUUACAAUUUUAACAAUAUUUUUACACAGUUCGUUGACAGUUAUUUGAUAGAUUCGUUGAUAUUCCAGCCAUACUGUACGCAAAUAUUAAUAUCAAGGCUAUAUCACACACAGUAGAGACUUGCUUUACAAAUACGACCAUUUGAUCGCAGAUAAAUUCAUUAAUGAUAAUAAAAUCAUCACUACACCAUAUUCCCUCUUAGACCAGGGAGCAUCUGUAAAAAUAUUAGUACAUUUGGAUGUUGAGAGGUGACUCAUAAAUUUUCUGCAGAAAUUGCUUGAAAAUAACUCAUAUAAUAAUAUUUGAGUUAUCUUCCCACUCAAAAAGGUCCGGAACAUUAUUUAAAUAAUCAAAAUGUCAAAAAAUGAAGGAAAAAUUCGAUUUUUUUCUUCGGUUUUUGAUUAUAACUUUAAAAGUAGUCAUUUCCGAGAAAAGUUGUACUGACAUAAAAGUUGCGUAAUUAAAUUUGCUACAAUAUAGGAUUAGUUAAGCAAUUUAAAAAUUGUCACCCUUGUUGCAAAAUAGCAAUAAUUGCGAAAAAACCAUAAAAAAACAAGUAUUUACAUUUUACGUUUUUCAACCAUUUAUGCUACACUUACGACCUUCAUAUUUUACCCAGAAAAACUUUAUGAUAUAGUAAAACAACAUUGUAAAUUUCAUUAAGAUCGGUAUAACAGAUUUUGCAAAAUAAAUUUUGCAAUCCAGCUUUCGCAAAAAAAAUCAUUUUUUCAAAAUGCUGCAGGACUGAAUAUAAAGCAGACAGCAAGUUGAUUUUUUUUACAUAUAUAACAAUACUGUACCUUUCAUUUUCAAUUUGCAAAAUUAAAAUAGGUUAACUACUACAGCGUCUGGAUUUUGUUUAAAUACACAUUAAUUUUUGGUGCUACGCUCAGGACAGCGGAUACGUUUGCUCUGAUUGGGCAUUCCAAUGACCUUUAAUAAUGAUUGAUAAAUUUUAAUUUUUAGUACAUUUCGAUAUAAAUAAAUACAUAUAUUCUGUCCUUUGAAAUUACACUUUUUUUAGCAUAAACUUUCUUUGUUCAUAUAUUUUAACUUAGAGAAUAAAAGUUUAUUAUUUUUAAACAUAUGCAAUUGUUUAAACAAUAUUUCACAAACAAUAAUCAAAUUAGUUUGAUUUUUGUGGAAUUAAGAUAUUAAAAUACAACAAAAUAUAAAUAUAAUACAACAAAAAAAAUUCCUGACGCCGUGGUAGUUAACCGAUUUUAAUUUUGCAAAUUGCAAAUGAAAGGUACAGUAUUCUUCUAUAAGUAAAAAUUUUUUUAGCUUGCUAUCUGCUUUAUUUACAGUCAUGCAACAUUUUGAAAAAAUGAUUUUUUUUGCGAAACCUGGAUUUCAAAAUUUAUUUUGCAAAAUCUAUUGAACCAAUCUUAAUGAAAUUUACAGUAUUGUUUUAUUAUGUCAUAAAGUUUGUUUUUUGGGGUAAAAUAUGAAGGUCCUAAGUGUAGCAAAAAUGGCUGAAAACCGUAAAAUGCGAAUACUUGUUUUUUUAUGGUUUUUCCAAUUAUUGCUAUUUUGAAACAAAGAUGACAAUUUUUAAAAUUUUUAACCAACCCUAUAUUGUUGGAAAUUUAAUUACGCAACUUUUAUGUCAGUGCAACUUUACUGUGAAGUAAAUACUUUUAAAGUUAUACUCAAAUAACGAAGAAAAAAAUCGAAUGUUUACUUCAUUUUUUGACAUUUUGAUUAUUUAAACAAUAUUCCGGACCUUUUUGAGUGGGAGGAUAACUCAAUUAUUAUUAUAUGAGUUAAUUCUAAGCAAUUUCUGCAAAAGUCACCUCUAAACGUCCAUCGUCCAUCUCAAAACAGAUCCGCCCUCGGGCUAGAUUCCGUGCACUGUAGAUAUCUACAGUCGCCUUCUAUCGAUGUCAAUUGUCAUGAAAAUAUUUGAAUUUUUAGCUUUAAUUGAAUUAUUUUCUAGUUUUGCUAGGUUAUACUCUAAUUGAUGCUGAAGUGACACUUAGUAAAACAAGAAAAUAUUUGAAUUAAAACUAAAAAUUCAAAUAUUUUCAUGACAAUUGCCAUCGACAGAAAGCGACUGUAGAUAUCUACAGUGCACGGAAUCUAGGCCCUGGACUAACUGUGAAUUUCAGUUGGCUGUUAAAAAAUCACUAGAACACACAUACAUUUGUCUACUGCUUCAACUGAAAAAAAUUUUAAAACACCUUUGUAGCCUUACUUUAAAAAAAAGAAGUUUUUCUUUAAUAUUUGUAAUAAUAAUUGUCUAGAAAAUUAAUAAAAUAUUAUAAGUACUAUGACUUUAUUCAGUAUUGCUAAAAUAUACGAAAAUUGGCAACACUGUUUAGUUUUGCCGGAACGCUUAAACUGUGUGGUGUACUGAAGAUACUGGCGUAAAAUAUCACAAUCGAACAUCAAAACUGUCAAUGCAUUCAGUAUUUCUCCCUUGGUCUACUUUUAUUAUCAUAAAGAUACAUUUUAGUGAAAAUUGUUGUCUGUUUCGUAUUUGUUUGUGUUGGUUGUUACGCAGAUAUUAUAUUUAUUUUUUUAGAUGCUUUUUAUUUUGUAGUUUUCGUUCAUACAUAUAUAUCACAUCACCUGUAUUCUUUAUUUUCUAAGUUUAUUCGUUGUAAAUAAAGACAUUAAAGACA